AUGCCUCUUACUAGCAACCUUCAUGUGGGAAUCUGUGGAGGCGGUAUGGGUGGACUUGCUGCUGCCAUUGCCGCUGCACGAGCAGGAGCAAAGGUGACGUUGCUAGAAGCUGCGCGAGAGCUGGGCGAGAUCGGUGCUGGGAUACAGGUGUUUCCCAAUGCUUCUCGCCUUCUCAUCCGCUGGGGAGUGGAUAAGCUGAUUGGCGACAAUUUGAUUGUCGUGGACGAGGCCAAUACCUGGGCGGCGGAUGGGUCGCUCAUUGCUCAUUUUGAUCCCAAAGAGGGCCUGAAGCAGUCAGGAUUUCCCCAUUGGCUAGUACGUCGAGACCAUCUCCACGCCGGACUCACAGAAUCGGCACGUCACCAUGGUGUCAAUCUCGUUGUCGGGUCAAGGGUCAACAGGUUAGACUGCACACAGGAAGGCGUCAAGGUCACUACAACCCAAGGCACGGCCUAUGAAUUCGACCUUCUCAUCGGUUCCGACGGAAUAAAAUCAUUUAUUCGCCAGACCUUAUUCCCAGGGGUGGUCCCUCAGGCCGCCUCAACUGUGGCAGCAUUCCGCGGCAUUCUUUCGUACGACGAGGUCUUUAAUAAAGUCCCUGAAGCACGGCAUCUCCUAAGAAACACUAUGGACGCCUGGAUUGGACCUAACGGAUAUAUUCUAUUGUAUCCUCUGUCCGCAGGCGCCGAGCUAAACGUUGUGACCUUGUUUCAGAUGGACCAUAUCGUGGAAAGACCCGAGGAUAUGAAUAUUGACGAGUUUCGUCACUUAUACAAAGACUGGAAUCCAACCGCUCGGAAAAUCCUCGAGCUGGUCAAUUACACUCAGAAAUGGCCACUCCUUGUGCUUCCACCCAUGAAAACAUGGUCGAACGAGUUUAAAAAUGUGGUUCUUCUCGGGGACGCUGCUCACGCAAUGCAGAAUCAUAUGGCACAAGGGGCAGCAACAGCUAUGGAAGAUGGAGCGUUUUUGGGCACAGUUAUUGGUGAUGCUAUACGCGGAAACAUUACCUUGAGUGAGGCGAUUGAUUUGUAUGAAAAACAACGAAUACCGCGAGUCUGGGUAAAGCAACAAGCGUCAUUUAUCUCGGGAACUCUUAACAUGGCUACAGGCGAAGAAGCUACACGGAGGAAUCGAGCAUCUGCUCCCGAGGUCAAUGCUUGGAGUUGCAAUGUUGUACGUCCGAGCGAUGCUUUGCCACCAACAUAUCGAUCUUGGCAAAUGUACUGCACUCCUACGAGCGUUCCUGGAAUAUUAUACUAUGACGCUGAAGGCGACGCAGACAAUGCUGUUUGUGAGUAUCUCCAAAGCACAACGCGAAUGGAUGAUGCAACAUUGGUGACUGACGGUCUCUGGAAACGGUGGUGGGGAGUUAUCGACAAUAAUGGUAUGUAG